GGGGCGCCUGGCGUGCGGGGCUGAGGCGGCUGGCCGGCGCGGGUGCGCCACGAUGGGCUGGGGCUGCGCCUCCUCCUCUUCCUCCUCGCCUUUGGUUCCGCGGCUGCCGCUCGGUCUGCUCGGCCGCCCGCGAGCGCGAUGACUCCCUACGACUACGGGCUGCGCGAGGGGCGGCUCAACGAGAGCGCUGCGGAGAAGGAGGGCAAUGCCACCGCUCUCCCCGGGGAGGCGAAGGAGGAGGAGUGCGGCUCCGUCUCGGUGGUGUUCCCCUUGACCAUGAUGAUCACGGGCCUGGUGGGCAACGGGCUGGCCCUGCUGCUCGUCUACCGAGCCUACCACAAGAAGGAGAACCAGCGCAAGAAGUCCUUCUUGCUCUGCAUCGGCUCUUUAGCCCUCACGGACCUCACCGGGCAACUCUUGACCAGCCCCGUGGUCAUCUCGGUGUACCUGGCCAACCGGAGGUGGCGGGCGGUGGACCCGUCGUGGCACCUCUGCUCCUUCUUCGGCUUGAGCAUGACGGUCUUCGGACUCUGCCCCCUCUUCAUUGCCAGCGCCAUGGCUGUGGAGCGGACCUUGGCCAUCCGAGCCCCACAUUGGUACACUGGCCACAUGAAGACCAGGGUGACCAAGUCGGUUCUCCUCAGCAUCUGGUUGGCCACCUUCGCCUUUGCCCUUUUGCCCAUCCUUGGUGUCGGGAAGUAUACUCUUCAGUGGCCAGGGACUUGGUGCUUCAUUAGCACCAAUGAUCAAGAAGGUCCUCGAGUGGGCAACCUCAUCUUUGCUUCAACGUUUGCUUUCUUGGGCCUCUUCUCGUUGGCCAUCACCGUGGCAUGUAACGUGGCAACCAUCGUUGCUCUGGUGUGCCGGUGCCGGUCCAAAAGCUCCGCCUCUCAGUCCAGGAAGCAGUGGGGCAGGAUUACCAUGGAGACCUUGCUCCAGCUUUUGGGGAUCAUGUGUGUCCUUUUUGCCUGCUGGUCCCCACUCUUGCUUAUGAUGCUGAAAGUGACCUUCAACCGCACCUCUAUGGAUCAAUGCAAAGAAUCCUGCAGCCAAACCCAAAGCAACAUACUGCAGCCUGAGUGCAAUUUCUUCUUAACUGCCAUCCGCUUGGCUUCACUGAAUCAGAUCUUGGACCCCUGGGUUUAUCUGCUGCUCAGGAAGAUCCUCCUGCGAAGGUUUUGUCAGUUAGCCAAUGCCAUUUCCUGCCGCUCUCAGGACGAAUGGAAAGGACAACACUUUAUGUUAUCAGACAAGAUCACGCCCACAACAGCAUAAAACAACUUCCGUGUUUAACAACUGCCCUUGUGUCAUCUUUUACCAGGGCUGGGGACAUCUGGCCCUUCAAAUGUUCUUAGACUGCAUCUUUCAUUAGCACUAGCCAGCAUAGCUGACAGUGAGACGGGUGUUGGGACUUGGAGAUGGACAAUAUCUAGGGUGUAGUAUGUUCUUCAUCCCAUGGCCAGGAUCCAUUUGGGUGUGUCCAUUGAUAGAAAUGCAUCCCUCAGUGGAACAGGGAGAUGCAACCUGCCUUCCCCAAAACAGGGCUGGGAAACUCUUCAGAGCCGGCUUUUAAGCAAUAGCAAUGGCCGUGGGAGGGAAAGGGGAAAAAAUUCUGCUGUGCAGGCACUGCAGAGCCGAUGCAUGUUGGCUUUACACACAUAUCUUGUACCUUACUGUGAAUCGGAGCAUCCAGUGCAUGGCCAUUUUUCCUCUAUAAGUAAAAUGCAGGGAUGUGAUACAUUCAGUGGAUUUAAAAUGGAAAAUUAUUAUUUUUCUUUUUAAUAUCUGUUAGAAAAAGAUAAAUUAUGAAGACAGGACAAUGCUAUUUUUUUAAUGUAGGUAUUGACAUAGUAUGUAAGAAUAAAAUUUCUGUGUGACUGCCGAAGACCUCUGGGAGAUGUUCCUGCUAUUCAAAGAGAGAGGUGUGUAGUUUUUAAAGUGGAAGCUUGUAUGCAGACUAAAUGUUGAUGAUGAUAAUAAAGACUGUACCUUACGUCAGA